AUGCCGGCAAUAAUAUUCCCUGACAGAAACGAUUUCACAACCCGUUCCAGACAAGAGUCUCAUUUUUCAACAUCCCACAAAUGUUUUAUUUAUAUUUUACUUCCCUGUCGUAUUUGUUCUCGUUAUCUCGCCCUGUUUGUUAUGCGAACAAAAUUUUCUCCGUUCUCUCUCUCUCUCUAUCUCUCUCUCACUCUCUCUCUCUCUCUAUCUCUAUCUCUCUCUCUCUCUCUGAAACACACACACUCUGCCUCCUUUACUAUCUCUCUCUUUAUCUCAUCUUUCUCUCUCUAUUUAUCUCACUCUGCUUCCACUUACUCUCUCUCUGUAUCUCACUCUUUCUCUCGCUGUCACUCUGUCUCCUCUGCUCUCUCUCUCUCUCUCUUUAUCUCAGUCUUAUUCUCUCUCUUUAUUACACUCUGCUUCCAUCUGCUCUCACCCUCCGUAUCUCACUCUUUCUCUCUCACUGUUUCCCCUGCUCUCUCUUUAUCUCACUCUUACUCUCUCUCUCUCUCUCAUUUUGACUCCCCUGCUCUCUCUCUUCUUUAUCUCACUCUCUCUCUCUGCCUCCCCUUCUUCUCUCUCUCUCUCUCUCUCUCUCUCUCUCUCUCUCUCUCUCGAUCCCCUUAUCCUUCGAUGGAUGAUCUUUCCUCCUUUCUUUAUUAUAGUUUUUUCCCGAAACCCCUAACUUUUUUUACGCCUUCUCCCUUUUCUUUCUUUUCUUUUUUGUUGUUAUAUUUUACGCACCCUUUUUUUCUAACCACAUCUCUUUUCUCUUUCUUCUUCUUUCUUUUUGUUUUCUCUUUAACUUUCUUUUCGUUUUUCUUUUCUUUCUUUCCUUUCUUUCUUUUUCUACUUUUGUCUGCCAUUAUAUUUUUUUCUUACAUUUUCUCUCGUCUAAUUUUAAAUUUUCUGUUUUUUUUAUUCUUUCUUGUAUUUUUCUUUUUGGUUUUCUUUUCACCUUUCUUCUUUUCCUUCCUAUUCUUUCUAUUUUCUUCUUUUCCCCCAUUCUUUCGUUUCAUUGAGGCGGCCAUUUUAUUCCUUCAUUCCAGCAUUCAUUUUUUUCUUCUUUUUAGACAUUCUUUCUUCCCUUCCAGGACCGAUUAG